ACCUUUCCCGGAUGUAGGAAGUUGUUUUUGGUUUUUUUGUAACUUUUAAGCCUGGCAUCCGUAUAGUGCUGAAUAUCUGGAGAGAUGCCCUGGUAAUUCGUUGGUACUGAUGCCCACCCUAAGCACGUGUGCAUCCGAAAGCAGACUAGAAAGAGGAAGCUUCUAGGGAAGGCGUUAAUCGAAAUGACUUACUUUGGUGCUACGUAAAAAGAAUUCGCCAUUGAACUGGAACUUCUGGUUAAUUUCUGCAUCAUAUCAGAAGAUUGUCUCGUUAAUUGGCAAAAUUGAUGAUAUUACAUUUCUUUGACUACGUUGUAUUGUACUACUGAUAAAGUCUGAUCCAUGUUUGCUGGGGUCCAGUUCUUCUUGCAUAACAGAAGAUGAGUAUAAGAUCUCUUUGGGUGAUUAGUCAAGAAAAUGGAGGAUCUGGGGUGGUACUGUUUUCAAGGCGGUACCCAACUGUGGAAAUCAGGGCCAGAAGAAUUGGGAAAGAACAUUAUGUGUCCAUUCCUGAGGAUACUGCCUUUGUCCGGUCCCUGCUUACUGAGCUUGGCCUCACAGACCCUGAAAAACCUUUUGUGGAAGCAAGAGAUGGUUGUGACCGAAUGCAUAAAACAUCUGCUUUGGAGUUAAAGCUGGAUCAGUUGAGAGGCGAUGUACUGUGGCCUGUGUUGGCCAUACAACAUGGGAAACUAAUUCUGGCAUGUCUGCCACUGGUAGAGGCACCUCUUAAACCACGCCCUUCACUUCCUAGUCUACCUUCAAUAUCUCAAGGAUUUUCUUUACUUGCAGGGCUCCAGGCAUUCCUAACUGGGGUCAAGGCAGAAGGAGACUUAACAUCCAGAUUAGGCCUUUUGUCUAAUCUUUUAUUGCAUGCCUGUCCUUUAGGCAGUCCUUUAGAAACCAAUCUAAGUCAGACUGUAGUUCCUCCUGCUUCCCUUCCUGGAACACAGAAACAGCCUGCUUGGAAACCAGGCAUACACAAAGGAAGAGCGCAGGUUGCUGUGGCUAUCAGUGAGCAAGUUCGAUCAAUGCAAUAUGGGAACCCUUCCAAGCCAGACACAUGGGACGUAUUUGGCACUGUGUCAUGCAAGUGUGACCUGGAGGGUGUGUUGCCCAAUGUCACUGUUACUUUGAGUCUGCCUCCUAAUGGUUCACCUCUUCAGGAUAUUGUGGUUCAUCACUGUGUCACUUCCCUGGAUUCCAGUGUUUUGACCGCAAGUAGUGUGGAUGAGAGUGACAGCUCUGCCUUCUCUGGACCCUACAAGUUUCCCUUCUCUCCACCCUUGGAGCCCUUUCGCCUGUGCUGUUACACUUCACAGGUACCUGUGCCACCAAUUCUGGGCUCCUACCAACUAAUCGAGGAACUUGGCCGAUUAAAAGUUACAGUGAAUCUGAAACUCCAUGAGAGUGUGAAAAACGGAUUUGAAUAUUGCGAAGUCCAGCUCCCCUUCUUCAACAGGGGUCAGUUGGCCAGUGUUGACCUCAGAGUGACAACCGGACAACUCGAAGUUACCAGAGAGAGAUUGGUGGUUUGGAUGCUUGGACAAAAGUUCCCAAAAUCCUUGGAAGUGUCUCUAACAGGUAGCGUAAGUUUCAAUGGAGUCAACGUAAGUGGGCCUCAAAUAGGACCAAUGAAUUUCCUGUGUGUUGGCCUUACUUCGUAUAUCAAGCUACAUUUUCGUGUUCCUGACAUCACUCUAUCUGGCUGUUCAGUGGAUCAGCACUCUGUGCAGGUUUAUUCCUCUGCCAAACCCAAAAUUGUUACAUCCCGGGAGCUUGUCUCCUCUGAUUAUUACAUUUGGAAUUCUAUGGCUGAUGCUCCUUCAUCUUCUGGACCAGUGAUGCUGUAGUUCUGCAGUGCAGAUGCAUUAUUUUGCGAAUUUAAUGAACUGACUUUUAUUGGGACAGGCCCUAAGAAAUUGUGUCAGCCUUUUCACCUCUGUCACAGAUGGUGUCCACCCCUAAAGCCUGGAUCCUCAUUAUCUUAUUGUUAAAACAACAAGAAACUACCCAUUCUUGAGAAACCCAUCUAACAAAGCUUUGUCUUUAACAGAGAGGUACAGUAUUUCUGCACUUAAUGAAGGUUUGAAAAUUUUAUUAAUUGUGUUGGAUCAAUAUUUAUCUGCAAUAUGGGGACACUCGCCUUAUUAAUAACAAUUGCCACAAAAUAAAAUUAUUGUUUGGCGCAUGUUUUAAUGGGGGAUAUUUCUCUUAGUAAAAUAUGUGACGUCUGCAGAUGUCUAGUUGCCCAGGACUUAGAAUGAUGGGCAACUUUGUCAGUUCUGAUGCUUUUUUUUAACAAACUGACGAGUUAUUUCAGAAUCUACUAGCUGUACUUUUUCCAAACUGAUGAUGGACUUAGCCUGGCUGGGUCAUAAAUUGUAACUUUAUGUCACCUGGUAGCUGCGUACAUUUAAGUUUGAAGAGAACUCGGACUAGGAAGACAUUUGCUGUUUCAAUCUUAAUCCCCCAUUUUUAACUUCUUUUGUAAACUCUCAGCAAAAUUAAAAGCAAGUGCUCUAUUCAGUUGUUAUGCAA